AUGUCUUACACUCCCUACCAUCCCGUGGCCCAAGCAUCAGCUCAGGCAGCCCUGUCUGUAUACAAUGACCCAGAAUACGGCAAUAUAUUCGACAUCUUGUAUCACAUCAGCAUUGACGAGGAUACUGUCGAAAGCCUGCCACCGGCCAGUGAAGAUUGCAUCACGGGCGUCAUUGCCAAUGUCAUGCGAAAAGCGCCUGAAUACAAGGUGGAUUCAUAUGCCAUGGCACUGUGGGAAAUCAGACGCUGGCAAUACGACGAUUUCCUCUUGGCCGCGUUGGAAUUCAUCAUCCAUGACGGAGGGCGUAUGCACCGUCCAGGAACGCACGCAUGCCUCUUUGAACAAUUGGCGCUCGACCUUCAUCAUCUUUCCGCCCAAAUCACUCGGGCUUUCAAUACCGACUUGGAACGAAGCAUUCUAUGUCAGGAGGACGUCAUGCUCAUGAGCCAUUCAGAGCAAAUCGGUCACCGCCUCCACGGAAUGGCCUACAUGGCCGCACGACUGUACAUGUUGCAGCUUUACACCUCGCCUCUGGCGGCCAUAGUCAUUCUGAGAAUGGCUCUCGAGUCGGAAAGCGUCUUCUUGGAGGAAUCUCUCCUGGCCGCGGCCGUGGAGAUUCUGACAAGUUGCUCCAAGAAACUCCGCGACUGGAUCCAGAGUGACACAUACAGCUACAAUUCUCUAGACGAAAGACACCAAUAUUAUUAUCGCCAUGGUAGUCGGAGGGAAAUGCACAACGUUGUUGUCGAGUGGGACGGCGGCUUGCACGAAAGCCGUUGGGCUUUUUGGAGGGAGGCGAUUAAGCUGACUCUCCGUGGAAACCAGGGUGGGGUUCUCAACGAAAUGCAAGAGGCAGAGCAAUUUUAUCCAGUGGAUCACAGCCGAGUGCCUCUUCAUACCACGGUGUACAGACGUAGAGGUAAUCAUUGA